AUGGUCUUCUCCUGGAUUGCCAACAUACUUGAUCCCGAAAUCCGCGAUAGUGUAAUUUACUGCACCACAGCCCGAGAAAUUUGUAAAGAUCUUUGUGAACGAUUCUCUCAAAGCAAGAAUCCUCGUAUCUUCCAACUUCAAUGGGAGAUUUCAUCUUUGACACAAGAUCAAUUGUUAGUUGCUGCCUAUUACACCAAGUUGAAAAGCUUAUGGGAUGAACUAGCUUCCUACACCGAUUCUUCUGCCUGCACCUGUGUAGUCCAUGGAAAUUGCAACAAACUCAUGCAUUUCCUUAUAGGAUUAAUUGAGUCUUAUAGUGUUGUUCGUGGCCAAAUUCUCAUGAUGAAUCCCUUACCGUAUGUUCGCCAAGCAUACGCUUCUGUCAACCAAGAAGAGAAGCAACACAUGCUUGGAGCCUUACGAGCCGUUGAAACUUCCGAUGUUGCAACCAUGGCUGUUAGAAUUGGACAAUCGAAUCAAAAUCUGUCCACUAGCCGCGAUGAUCGUCACAUUGAUCGAUCAGACCAAAACCGUUCCCAGACCUCCAACCGUGAUGACCGCCGCGCUGGAUCUUCCAAAAAACAGCCUCAUUGCACUCUCUAUGAUGACGAUUAUCAUCACAUUGAUACCUGUUGGAAGCUUCAUGAGUAUCCAGAAGGUCAUCCACACCACACACUGAAGAAAAAUUGUGAUGGUCCAUCUUCAAAAUUUAUGUUUCGGAAGGCCCAACAAAGGAUGAGAUGCAGUCUGUAUGUCCAGCCUUUUGGAUCUUCAAUUUCAACAAAUGUUGGCUACCAUGAAUGA